AUGGAUGUUGUGUCAUGGGUUCGAGGCUUCCUUGGCGGGAACAUGGAGAUCAUGGCAUCUCUUGCUUGCUUCUUAUUCUUGUUCUUCAGGUUCCGGCGGUGGGACGGGUUGCCGACGAGCUGGCCGGCGCUGUGCGUAAACACCGGGCGCAUGCACGAUUGGUUAACGGAGCUCCUGCACGCUGCCGGGAUGUCGUACGUCAUGAGGAGGCGGUGGGGCUUGCCGGUGGACGUCCUCGUCACGGCCGACCCGGCGAACGUGGCGCACGUUCUCUCUGCCAACUUCGAUAACUACCCCAAAGGCGCAAGGUAUAACACGGUGUUCAGCGUGCUCGGGGACGGCAUCUUCAACGCCGACGGCGAGUCGUGGUCGUUCCAGCGGCGCAAGGCGCACGCGUUGCUGUCGGACGCGGGGUUCCGCGCUGCCGUCGCCGCCAAUACCGCGCGCAAGCUCGACGAGGGGCUCGUGCCGCUCCUCGACGGCCUCGCCACGUCGGGCACAACGGUCGACCUGCAGGACGUGUUCAUGCGCCUGACCUUUGACCUCACGGCGAUGUUCGUGUUCGGCAUCGACCCCGGCUGCCUCGCCGCCGAUUUCCCGCACGUCCCCUUCGCUGCGGCCAUUGACGACACCGAGGAGGUGCUGGUCUACCGGUACGUAACGCCCGUGCCGUGGGUAAAGCUGCAGAGCUACCUAAAUAUCGGCCACCGCCAGAAGAUGUCCAAGGCUCGGCGGGUGCUCGACGCGUCUAUCGCGGAGUUGGUCUCUCUCCGGCGACAACGCGCGGCCAACUCCACCUGCGAGGCCGGCACCGACCUGCUCACGUCGUACAUGGCGUGUCAGGCCGAGGUAGGCAAGGUCGGUGCCGAGUUCGACCGGUUCUUGCGCGACACGACGCUUAACCUCGUGUUCGCCGGCCGCGACACGACGAGCUCCGCCCUUUCAUGGUUUUUCUGGCUGCUCUCCAACCACCCCGACGUCGAGGCCAAGAUCCUCGCCGAGCUGCUAGAGAACCCUCCGGCCUCCGGGGCCGGCCACCACCGCACGACCGCCGAGCUGACGCGCCUGGUCUACCUGCACUUGGCGCUCUCGGAGUCGCUCCGGCUGUACCCGCCCCUGCCGUUCCAGUACAAGUCGGUCGCGCGGCCGGACACGCUCCCAAGCGGCGCGACCGUGGGGCCGUCGUGGGUGGUGAUCAUACCCUUCUACUCGAUGGGACGCAUGGAGGCGGUGUGGGGCAAGGACUGCCUGGAGUUCCGGCCGGAGCGGUGGCUGACAGCGGAGGGGCGGUUCCGGCACGAGCCGUCGCACAAGUUCGUGGCGUUCAAUAUGCGGCCCCGGACGUGCCUUGGCAAGGACCUGGCCUACGCGCAGAUGAAGGCCGUUGUCGCCGCCGUCGUGCCGCGGUUUCAGUUGGAGGUCGCUGCCGGCGCCGCGGCGAGGCCCAAGCCCAAGCUGUCCCCCAUACUCCACAUGAAGGACGGGCUCGAGGUGAGGGUCCACAAGAGAUAA